AUGCCCCUGAUGAAGCAAGUUCUUCCAGAAACAGGGAUGUUUGCCUGUGACGGUGAGGAGAGUAACCCUGACAGGAUCAGUGACCUACCGGACGAGUUGCUGCUCCAUGUCAUGUACUUCCUAACACUGCAGGAGGCAGUGCAGACAAGUCUGCUGUCACGGAGGUGGCAGAACCUCUGGGCAUCUUUGAUGUGGCUCUACACCGAUGCGGCCAAGUUCAGCAGCAUGGGAACUUUCAAGAACUUUGUUGACAAUUUGGUCAUGUACCGAAACUCUUUGCCGGAGCCAGUGCCACUGGAUGCGUUUUUUAUGUCUGCCAUCUGCAACAACUCCGAUGAUUCCCUUGAAUAUUCUGACAUCCAUCCAUGGAUUCGCCAUGCCCUUGAUAGCAAUGCCUGGGCUCUAGGCAUACUGAAGCAUUCUGGCCCCAAGCCCCUUUCUAUAGAGGGUUUUAUCCUUCCCAUUCACCUCGGUGCACUUGAAAAUUUUAGGCCUUAG